AUGGCCGUCCAUGCAUGCCUGCCGCUGGCCAACUGCAAGAUUCUGCACUUUGUUCGGCACGCGGAGGCAGAGUCCAAUGCCGCAGCGCACAGAUUCCCCAAGGAUUCUCAAGAUUACCUGGAUGCUUAUGCCGAUGAGAAAUAUUUUGAUUCGGUCCUGUCCGAGAAAGGGGAGGCGCAGUGCAAGGAAUUGCAACAGCGGAUUGCAAGUUCUCCCUGCAUUACAUACGAGGCCGUGGUGUGCUCUCCGUUGCGGCGCACACUGCAAACUGCAGUACGGGUGUUUGGUGAAGAGGUGCCGUUUCUUGCUGCCGAAUGUGCCCGUGAGUACAGUCAAGGACACGCACGUCCGUGUGACUGUCGACGGGAGCGGCACCUACAAGAAGCAGACUUCCGAGCAGAUUUCAGCAAGGUUCCGGAAGGUGCGGACACCUUCGCUGCAAGGCCUGAGACGGAAGAAGAGCUGGACAAACGGUGCCUCGAGCUUCUCCAGUUGCUCGAUGCACUUCCCUAUCAAUGCAUCGCCAUUGUUUCUCAUACCGGCUUCCUGACGCGUUUAUUUGCCAAGCACUUGCGCUGGCCAGGGCGCAGUGCAUUCUCCAAUGCUGAGCUGCGAUCCGUGGUGGUACAGUGGACGCCAACAGCUGCGUGA